AUAAGAUCGUCUCCUUCUCAGUUAGUCAAUCCACUCACCUGUCGCAUAAGUCUAUAAAAUGGACGAGCAGUUAAAGGUCACUCGACACUUGGUCCCCCCUCACUCACAGAGAAAGAAACUGACCCUCUCUCCUCCAUAAAUCAUAAAAAAUCAUAAAUCUCCACUCCACCCUACGUUACAUAUUUAUUCGAAAAAAAGAACCUAAAACCAGCAGCAGAUCUCUCUCUCGACACUAAACGAGACGAUAAAUCAGCCACUGUAUAAAAAAACUGUUGCUUUCCCCACCGAAUAAAUAAAGCUCAACAAAUCUUCCUAUCUUCUUGCAAAGGUGUCACGAGGUCAGCAUGUCGUCCUCCGAUAAUCGCCUCCAUCAUCAACACCACGUUACCACCACACCAGCAAGUUCGCAGUCUCCCAGCGUUAUUAAGAACAAUCUUUUACCGCCCCCACCACCGGUGGAUACGGAAUUUUACUGCGAUUCGUCCACCCUUCACCAUCAAUUUGAACCGGUCCCACCACAACCACCGCAAGGUUAUCAAUGGUCAUCUCGUUGUGGUGACCCCAUUUUAACGUCGGCGUCGUCGGCGUCGAUCAGCUCGAUCGUGGCGACCGCCGCGGCCAAGGCGCAGAUCGAUGUGGGGAAUUUUCUCCCAGUUUUUGCCCCAGAAAGUAGUGAAACUGGGGGUGGAGGUGGAGGUCAUCAUUUGCUGGGGAGUGAGGCGUGGAGAUGGCCACCCCCACCGGUAUCGGCGGGAGGAGGAGGGUCAUCACCCCCGUUGGCAACAGGACCACUACCGCUACUGCACGACCAGGUCAAGUCGUGUCAACAGCAGCAAGCGACAUCGUCGUCUAGUACGGAGGGCGGUGACCACCCGACGAAACGUGCCCGGACGGCGUAUACAUCCGCCCAGUUGGUCGAAUUGGAGAAGGAAUUUCAUUACAAUCGGUACCUGUGUCGACCAAGGAGGAUCGAAAUGGCGUCCCUUCUCUCCUUAACGGAACGACAGAUUAAAAUCUGGUUUCAAAAUAGGCGAAUGAAGUAUAAAAAGGAGUUGAAGAGUCCGAACUCUUCCUCAUCCCAGGGCGGGAAGGGGGACUGUUGCGGUGGUUCAGGAUCACCACCACCCCCACUGAAACAAGGAUCCCCCUCUUCUCCACCCCAUUCAGCCUGCAGUUCCAACACAAAUUCGCCACAGAGUGGGUGCCAGCAUGCAUCCUGCUAUAAAAAUACAACGACGACCACCACCACUUUGCCACCGAGCCCCCAAAAGAGUGAGGUAUCCGGGUAUAAUUCGCCACGUGACGAGCACGUGGUCGAGGGGUGUGGUGGAUUUAACGGGGACGUUGAUACCAUAGAUUUACCACUACCACAACAACCAGGAUCCGAAUACUGUCCCCCGAUUCCAUCUUUUCAAUCGAGAUUUGGCGAUUUUUACCAUCACCACUACUCCUCCGAGUUUGGAGGGGGUUUUCAAAAUUUGCGACAAACUUUGCCCCCACCGCCGACCUAUUAUCAAACUAUGGCGCAUACCAAUAAUAUCUACCCGCCUCCGCCCAUGUAUACUAAUAAUAAUAACAAUAAUAGUACCGCAAAUAAGAUGACGACAGAUGGAGACACUUGGACUAAUUUGGACGGUGCUUCUACUACGUCCGUCCUCCUGGAUGGUAGAAAUAAUGCGUAUGAUCCGUUUCACUUUGGCAGUGGUGGAACUGCAGAUCCUGCUUUUUAUGGGGAAAGUGGGGUCGAUCUUAUUCGACCGAUGAGUCAUUUAUGGGCCCCUUUUAGGUCGGCUAGCUUACUAGAAACUUCCGGGGAAGGUGAGAUUGGUGGGCAACCACUCCUCCAAGUCCAACUUCAGCAACAUCCCCACCCACACAAUAAUGCACAACAGUACAGAGAUAACAAUAAUGCGGUGGGAGGAGGAGGGGACCUUGAGGAGGGUGCAACUCUGAUAAAUUUGUGAAAAAUGAAGGGCAGACUGAUAAUAAAUAAAUAUGUAAAUAAACUAAAUCGUGUACAAAAAAUACCUCACGUGUUUCGUCCACUGCCAAAAAUUUGCAAAAAAUUGCAACAUAAUCUUAAAAUUUGAAUCAAAUGAUUUUCAAUCUAAUUUUUAAAUGAAAUUCAGACUGAAAGAAAUAAACCGUGUACAAAAAAGCGUCACGUGUCCUGUUCACUGCCAAAAGUUUACAAAAUUUUUGUAUAACACUAUUGUAAAAAUCGAUUUUCAAUCUAGUUCUUACUGACUGAAAACUUGUAUAAUUUUUAACAAUAAUUUUAUUACGACAUGUUAAAUCCAAUG